GCUGCACUGUAUAAAACAAAUUUUUUUGGUUUCGUAGACAAAUUUAUUGUUUUUGGGAACUAAUUAAAAUAACAAUUAAAUUUGUUGUAGUACUGUUGUUCUACUAUAAAAGUAGUUUGCCAAAUUUCUAAAGAAAACAUGGAGGCAGUAGCUUUGCCAGCGGCGGAGACAGUGACCCGGUCACAAACUGAAGUUAUUACUCAUGAAGACGUUUUAGAUACGGCGUCUCAGCCGGUUUUGAGACUGCGUUUACAGAAACCCAAAAGUGACAAAAAAGUGGUCUGGCAUGAGGGUACCGUCGAUAAUGAACAUAUGGGCAAAAAGAAAUCCAAAUGUUGCUGCAUAUAUAAAAAACCCGUAGCAUUUGGUGAAAGUUCUUCAGAAGACGAUGAAGAGUGUGAGCAUUGUUUUGGUCAUCCGGAGAAAAGACGUAGAAAUCGUAAACAUGAUCAUGGUGAACAUAAUGAACAUAAUCAUGAUGACAACGAUCCCUGUCCGGAUGGUGAACACAAAGAUAAUGCACAACCUCAUGAAUAAAUUAUUAAUUAUAUGUAUUUUCAUUCGUUAUUAAUAUAUUAACAAAAAUAAGUAAUUGUAUUGUACUUGAAAUCCUCAUUAAACAUUAAAUAAAAUAAAUAAA